UUCUUCGUACCUGGAACUGCGCAGAGCUUCGACGACGAUUAAUUUUACCGCGGAUUCCAGGCGGGGCGGGGCCGGAAAUGAAGGGAGGAAGUUGGGAGAGAAGCCAAUCCGGUGGUAGAAUAGUGAUGAAUGACAGACAAAGGAGCCAAUCAGAAACGAUCGAUUCACGUGCUUUCCGGAAGUAGAUUUUUUCCGCGUUAUUAUUUUUUUUUACAUUCAAACAUAAAAUAAAAAUAACUUAGUCUAACGAUUUAUCUCGUUUUUAUUACUGUUUAUUGACAGAUUAGACAAAGAAAAGGAAAAAAAUUCUAGCAACUCAGAAAUAUAAAAUAAAUUGGGAACCAUCAAUAUAUGAAUAACUCAACUAAGAUAAUCCAUAAAUGAAAGUGUGAAGACAAGUCACAUCAGUCCAGCUGUCUAUGCCAACACACACCGCUGAAACAUGACCACAUUCAGCCCGCCGGCCGCCUCAUCAAUAUAACUCAGAGCAGUUGCUGCUCCGCUGCCUAGAAUUCUGGGCACUGGACAGCAUCAUGGUGGACUCGGGCAGCGUGAGAGCAUCACGCAGAGAGGGGGUGGGAGGGGGGCGUUCAGCCAAACUCAAAUCUGGAAAGAAGGAGGCUUAUUGAAAUCACCGGGAGGAGAAAAUGAAGAGCUUUUCCCGUGAGUGAAUUUGACCGGCUCAGCAUGACUGUCACUUACUCCAGUAAAGUGGCCAACGCCACCUUCCUCAGCUUCCACCGGCUGCUGCUGCGCUGGAGGGGGAGCAUCUACAAGCUGCUGUACCGGGAGUUCCUGCUGUUCGCUCUGCUCUACACCGUCCUCAGCCUCGUCUACAGACUCCUCCUCUCUGAGCAGCAGAAGAGGCUGUUUGAGAAGCUGUCCAUCUACUGUGAUCGAUACGCCGAGCAGAUCCCCGUCACCUUCGUCCUGGGUUUCUAUGUGACUCUGGUGGUGAACCGAUGGUGGAACCAGUUUGUUAACCUGCCGUGGCCCGACAGACUCAUGUUCCACAUCUCCAGCUGCGUUCAUGGCAAAGACGAAUAUGGCCGCCUUCUGCGCCGGACGCUGGUGCGCUACAUCAACCUGACGUCACUCCUCAUUUUCCGCUCCGUGAGCACGGCCGUCUGCAAGCGGUUCCCAACCAUCGACCACGUGGUUGAAGCAGGCUUCAUGACUCCAGAGGAGAGGAAGGUGUUUGAGAACAUCCGGUCUCCUCACCUGAAGUACUGGAUCCCGGUCGUCUGGUUCUCCAACCUGGCAUCAAGAGCUCGGCAGGAAGGACGCAUCCGAGACGCCAUCGACCUGCAGAAUAUUCUUAAUGAGAUGAAUACCUUCAGGACGUGGUGUGCAACUCUGUUUGGCUACGACUGGGUCGGCAUCCCUCUGGUCUACACUCAGGUCGUCACUCUUGCGGUGUACACCUUCUUCUUCGCUUGUCUCAUCGGCCGCCAGUUUCUUGACCCUGCUCAGGGUCACCCGGGUCAUGACCUGGACCUUUACGUGCCCAUCUUUACUCUGCUGCAGUUCUUCUUCUACUCUGGCUGGCUUAAGGUAGCAGAGCAGCUCAUCAACCCGUUUGGAGAAGACGACGACGACUUUGAAGCCAACUGGAUCAUUGACAGGAACCUUCAGGUGUCUCUGCUGGCUGUGGAUGAGAUGCACAUGAACCUCCCUCACAUGACCAAGGACAUUUACUGGAACGACAGCGACGCUCGCCCCCCGUACACGCUGGCGGCUGCAGAUUACUGCAUCGCCUCGUUCCUGGGCUCCACCACCGACAUGGGACUCUCAGACAUCUUGGAGUUUGAUGACAAUCAUCUUCCUCCUCAGCAGCAGGAAUCCUUUCUGCCUCGGCGACAAGAGUCGGUUUUUGGUCGAGUCCGACGACUGCUCAGCGUCCAAGAACCGCCCGACCUCACCGAUCCUCGACCGGUUUUUAAAAGACACAGCAGCGACGCAGCAAGCAGCUUUUACCCCGACUUCAGGGUCAAUCAGGGACUGUUGGACAAGGCCCCGCCCUCCUCCUUAGCCAUACCUCCACCUUCCAUGGACACACUCUCCACCUUACGGGAGGUCAGCAGCAACCCAGCUUCACCCGAGAGCUCGUCCUCAAUCACUUUCCCCCGACUGGUGGUCAGUCCGCCACUGUUGGGUGAUGAAGAAAGUGUAGGCAAACAUCAGAACGGCUUUGGCUCCUCCCCUCCUGAAGACACUCCGAGUCUGGAAACUCUGAGUAUUUCCAGGAAAAGUUCCAACUGUUGUUCUCCAACUCAGCUCGGACCCAAAGAGUUCCGCUGGACGACGCUCCACGUCAAGAACCGUCCGCCUUCCCGCCCCCGGGGGCGUCAGUUCUCGCUUCAGUUUUCCAGGCAGUCCUCAAAGGCGUCCGUCCGAAGCCUUCCGAGCCCGAAGGCCCUGGGGCGGCGGAGGCGGGGCCUGAGUCGGCUUCAGUCCCGGCGUUUUGCGGGUCCCACUGCUGACAAGCUCCAUCUGCCGGAGCCGGACUACGAUCACGACUUCCAGGGAACCGCGGGGAAUGAGGAGGAGGAGAAGGAGGAGACCAACAGCAGUGAGGAAGUUAUAAACGCUCCGAGUUCAGAAACAAAAUGACGACUUCACAAACCGCCAAACUCCAGACUGAAUGUUGACUCUACCAACCAGUUUGUUUGGUUACAAACAUCUCAGUGAGAAUUCAGUUUGGAUGCUUUGAUUCUUCUGCCCUUCUUGAAGUCUUUUUUUUCUUGUGACUAAAGUAAACAUCUCAGGAAAGACUUGAGUUCAUUUCAGCUGAGUGAGUGUUUGACG